UUUGGCCAGACCAGAUGCAUUGUGGGAGCAGGUUGUAUAAAGCAAAAAUGUCAGCCUCGCGUUGCAACAGUUUUUGUCGGACCGGCUGGUAUGUUUUGCGGGUUCCAAUAGCCAAAAUCAGCCUAGCAGUUGCACUAUCUCAUUUCCCGUCGAGGUGCAGUGCCAGGGCAUAUGGCACCACGUUUGGAUCCAAACUCAUCUCCACUCUCCCCUUGCGCGCAACCAACAGGCGCGUCUUUGGGUUCGCUUUUUUGUUCGGAGGGGGAGUCGGCUUGUAUCAAACCAUAAAAUUCUCAUUUCAACAGCAUUUUGCAGAGGAUGAAUUGUCCAAUCUCCCCAAUCUCCAAUAUGGCAUCCCCACAAACCAGGGCUCUGACUUGACGUUUGCCACCGACUUAACCUUUACCUUAUACCAAUACAAGACCUGUCCAUACUGCAGCAAAGUGCGGGCUUUCCUCGACUACUAUGGUUUUCCAUAUAAGGUUGUGGAAGUCAACCCUGUCAUGCACACGGAGAUCAAAUGGUCGGAGUACCAAAAGGUGCCCAUUCUUAUGGUGGAGGGGAAAGAAAUUGUGCAACUGAACAACUCAUCUGUCAUUAUCAGUGCAAUGAAGACGUGCAUGAUUGACAAAGAAAGAACAAUGUCAGAGGUUGUUCAGUACUUCCCGAGACUCCCGUCUACCAAUGCCUGGGGGAAUGAAGUUCUGGAGUACACUAACAAAUACUGGGUGAUGUUGAAUGAGAUUAAGAUCACUGAGGUGUACACAUCUAAAAAUGCCAGAAAGGAGGAGGUACGGUGGCGUCAGUGGGCCGAUGACUGGCUAGUGAAUCGGAUAAAGCCUAAUGUGUACAGGACUCCCGCUGAGGCCUUAGCCACCUAUGACCACAUAGUGCGUGAGGGCAACUUUGGUUCUGUUCCUUUUGCCAAGUAUGGAGGGGCCUUCUAUAUGUUCUGGGCCUCCAAGGUCCUGAAAAUCUGGUACAAGUUACAGGACGAUGUAAGGGAAGAUUUGUACAUGGCUGUGAAUGAGUGGAUAACGGCUAUUGGGAGGAAGAGGAAAUUCAUGGGUGGUGACAAACCCAACCUCGCUGAUCUGGCAGUGUAUGGAGUCCUCCGAUCCAUGCAGGACCUGGAGGCCUUUUACGACGUGAUGGAGAACACCAAGGUGAAGAAGUGGUAUCUGGCCACAGAGAAACAAGUGAGGGAGCACGGUGGUCGGAACCUAUGUAGAUAACCAAUGCAGAACUAUCAUGGCAUAAUUGAGUUCUAGGUUGCUGAUUCAGGCUUCCACUGCACACACAAAAUAUGGAUGCAAAGGUUCUCUACCAGUCAGCACACUCAUAACAUGUAACAGGUGACAGUUUUAUAUGUGAACGAAUGGACAGUCUACCAUGUGUUUCAUGUUCUCUGUACAAUCAACGCCUCUUUCAAAUAUCUUCAUGGAUACAGUCUUAGUUUCCCAGAGAAAAGGUAGCUCAAUAGUAAUUUAUGUAUGUAUUAAAAUAAAUGUGUGUGUAUAUAUGACUAUUUAACAGUUAAUGUAUUGCCGUAAUAGACUGUUAUUCACUCUUUGUGAAUCUGCUAAGUAAACCACUAAGCAUUUGUUUAAUUA